AUGGAUAGCGCUGAAUCAAAUCAAGUCGUCGAGCUAGCAGAUUAGGAAGGAAUCUUUGAGAGAGUUAAAUAAGAAAAUCUUUCUCUUGGAAAGCAUGAAUUUGAGUUUAACAAUCAUAUCUAUAUUGGCUAUCCUACAGUAUAUUCUCCAUUCCUUUUUAGUGGCAGCUUUUAUACUGCCUAGAAUUUUCCUUAUCCAGUAGGAGGCACAUUCCUCGAAAUUGGAACUGGAUGUGGAUUGACUGUACUUGAAGCUGCUUUCAAAGGCUGCAAAAAAGCUGUGGGCACAGAUAUUUCUGAAGAUUCUAUAGCUAACAGCAAAGAAAAUCUCACGAGAUUUGAAUCCUAACUUGAAGAUGGUCAGGUGGAGUUUUACAUCUCAGAUAUUUUUUCAGCUAUUCCUAAAGGAGAGAAAUUCAAUGCUAUCUUUUGGAAUUUCCCCUGCUAAUUGGGCAGUCAGCCUCAUGAUGAAAUGGAAAUGCUUGAUAGAGCUUUUAAAGAUCCUGGCUACAUUCUCUUAAGAAGAUACUUGCAAGAGAUCAAAGAUUAUUUAGAAGUUGGAGGCAAUGGAUACUUCUGCUGGCAUCCUGCUGUUGCAAACAAUGAACUCUUUAAGAAAGUCAUUGCUGAAACUAACGUUGAGUUAGUUGAAAAACUUUUAAUUCCAGGGCCUCAUGAUCUUAAUGCUAUCCUGUAUAUGAUCAAGUGA